AAAAUGAUGGAGCGAUGAAGUCACUGGGAGAGUGAGAGCAGAACUGCUGAGACGAAAAUCGAAGAAGCCAUUACACGCGCCGCCGUCAAAACAACAACUGCCGCCGCCGUUGUUUUACUCAACCACGUCCAAAGAUUCCUCCUCCAAAACGCACCGCAUCGGCCUUCCUCCGAAUUCAAAACUAAUCGCCACCAAUUCCAUGGCGGACGACGGCGGCGUUCACAAGCGAGCUCUUACCAGUGUCGCCGACCUCGACGGCGUCCUUGAUGAGAUACUGGCAAGGCUACGGGUCAAAUCACUGAUGCGAUUUCGCUGCGUCUGCAAGUCAUGGCGUGCUCUCAUCUCCCAGUCUCGUUUUGUCACCAAGCACUUCAACUACGCAAGCAAAGGCUUCACCGAGAACACCUCCAGGCUCUUGAUAUCAAUGAGUCAUCUCCAAUCCCGAGACUGUGAAGCAUCCAAGGACUUAUCCCUAGACUGUGAGGCAUUGAAGGAUGAUGGAGAUGCUCAUCUUGCAAUUGGAAAGCUCGAGUUUCCGGUAAUGUUCCCUAAUUCCAGUCGUAGAAAUAUUGUGGGUUCUUGCAAUGGCCUGAUUUGUGUAGAAAUUGACCAGAAAGACAUGGUGGUAUGGAACCCUUGUACUGGACAAUCCAAUUUGUUGCCAAAACCUACUGAUCAUUGCAUUCCGCAGUUUUCUGGAUUUGGUUAUGAUUCCACUAAUGAUGAUUAUAAGGUAGUGAGAGGGUACAAUCAUAGAGUUAGGGGUUCUGAGGAAACCAUGGUUCAGGUCUUUAGUUUAAAAUCAGGUUCAUGGAGGACCCAUGAGGGUCUCGGUUACUUUUUCUUGGCAGGGCCGGCGUGCUUGUUAAAUGGUGCUCUGCAUUGGCAAGGGACCAUAGUUGAUGAUUUUCAUCCAAGAGAUUCAAGGAUUAUCUCGUUUGAUUUAGCAGAGGAAAAGUUUCGGGAGAUGCUUCCAUUGCCCUCUCUGGUUGGGUUUAGAUGCGACUUUCUUCCUGGAGAUUGUCUUGGUGUAUAUGAAUAUAGCAUUCUACACGAUGAGAUCUCCAGGUUUAGAAUAUGGAUGAUGAAGGAAUAUGGGGUCAAGGAAUCGUGGACUGAAGUUGCUUCUUUUGAUUUACCAAAAGAUCAUAAAUUCUCACUCGUGACGCCUCUGUGCAUAUUAGAGAAUGGUGAAGGUUUGAUCGCCAGCAGAUAUGAUUUUCAGUCCUUGGUAUUCUAUAGCUUCAAGGAACAGACAUUUAGGAAUGUUUUUAGGACCCACAACAGAUGGAAAUUUGAUGGACUCAUUUACAGGGAGACUUUAGUUUCACCAGUCACCAGUGGUAUUGCAGACAUCUCUAAGAUCAACACUAUUUGUGGGGAGCUAAUUUGUGAGCACCAUGAUGCUCAAGGAAAUCAACAAAAUGUUUGAAUCAAGUUGAAGCUGCUGCAGAGGUGAAGAGCCCAGUUGUAAAUGAAGGUGGAAUUCAGGAAUUGGUGCUCGCAUUAGAUAGACAUGACUUCUGAAUCUCCCUCAAUGUACAACUAAAUUAUUUUGGUUUCACCGACUGCCAGUAUUGGUUUUUAGUUGUUUAAUUUUAUUUCAAAAUGUAUCAAGAUAUGUUAUCAAAGACAAAAUGGUAUAUCCACCAAGAUAGCAAGUCAAAAAAUAUGAAAGAACCUAUACUUUUGAGCAGGCCAAACAACAGUAA